AUGAAAGUUAUAUCAGAUUCAAACCUUUCAAAAAGUGACUUGGAAGAAGUUUGUCGAGGUCUUGGCAUUCCUACAAAAGAAACAAAAGCAGACCUAAUACAAAGGAUAAGAGAUUUUUCGAAUAAAGGAAACUAUGAUAUAACUGAACAACUGGAAAAUAUGAAGAGAGUAUGUGAGGAAAAUGAUGAUGAAUUAACAUGUGAAUAUUUUGACAAGGAAGAAGAUAUACUUGAAUAUGAUCCCCAAACACAAACAUUAAAAGAACUGGUGCAAAAAUCAAAAGGAAAAUCAAAAAUUUCACCACCAAAACCCACUUCUCCAAAUAUAAAAGAUCAAGACCCCAAAAUAACAGGAGAAACUAGCGAAAGCCCAAGGAAAUCAAAGAAAUCAAAGAAGCGACAAUUUCAAGAUAGUUGUGAGCAUGAAGGUUCUGAAACUUUAGAACAGAAAAUGUUAUCAGCAUUCAAAAAAUUAGAAACUGCAGUUUUAGGCUUUGAUGAUAGGCUUAAUUCCAUGAUGGUCCAAAUUCAAGAUACUCGACAAAGACAUGAAUAUAAUAUGCUACGACUAGUAGGAAGAGAAUUAGAUUUGGCUAUAGAGUCAAGAAAUGUUCAGAACGCAGACAUUGCGGCUACUUUACUCGAUAUGCAAAAUGAUUGGUUGAAAGGAAAAGACAGCCAUAUCAAAAAAGCAAAAGAAGUAGAAUUUAUUGACCUACCCAGCGCCACUAUGAGCUUCAAACUGAGCCCAGGGGGGAAAUGUAGUGCCAGAACCAUGCAGAAACCCACACUGGAUAUUCCGAGCAACAACAGUUCAUUUUUGAAUAAACUUUUGGAAAAAGUAUAUGAAUACAUAGCACCAAAUUCAGCAUACAAAAAGCGCCUCCGAAACUUAUGGGAUGAGUUUGUCGAUUUUUGUAAAGUUCAUAACCUGCCCUCUUUCCCUGCUCACCCAAAGUCAAUUAUGUCCUUUUUGGUGUGGCUACAAAUAGCCGUAACUCAAUUUGCCGUAUCUCAAGAUUCAUUGGGACUUCAUUGGAACGAUUCUACCGCAUCAAUAUAC